AUGUCGACAUCCGCACGCCGCCGUCUCAUGCGUGACUUCAAGGUACGUACUUUCGCAUCAAUCCUAGCGCCUUCAUUGCCUGUGCUCUGUAUCUCUUUAUAUUCCCUGCCUAUUCUACACUCUCGUCCUAAUCAAAUUUCGCGCUGUUGGACUCUCUCGGCUAAUCGGUUUCUUCAACGCCAGCGCAUGCAAACCGAUCCCCCCGCAGGAGUCUCAGCAUCCCCGGUGGCCGAUAAUGUGAUGACCUGGUCGCUAGGAACGCCGUUAUUAUUGGUCCCGCCGAUACCCCGUUUGAGGAUGGCACAUUCAGGUUGGUCAUGCAUUUCGAGGAACAAUACCCAAACAAGCCUCCCGGCGUCAAGUUCAUCAGCCAGAUGUUCCAUCCCAACGUCUACGGCACAGGAGAGCUCUGUCUCGAUAUCCUUCAAAACCGCUGGAGUCCCACUUAUGAUGUCGCAGCGAUCCUCACCAGUAUCCAGAGGUAAAUGUCUACUCAACGGCCUUGGCUAUUCAUGUUGCAUACUAAAUACUAACUGCUUUCUUGCUCAAUCAGUUUACUCAAUGAUCCAAACACAUCUUCUCCUGCCAACGUGGAAGCGUCAAACCUUUACAGGGACAACCGGAAGGAGUACAUUAAACGAGUCCGGGAGACAGUGGAGAAGAGUUGGGAGGAGUAGAUUGGCUUCUAGGCACGACUGCAAUGCAAUGUCUCUUCUGGGCAGGAGGGGACUGCCCACUCUUUGAUGAUAUGCACAGCGUGGGGUUAUGGCGCCUGGUAUUUCUUGUUCUCGGUUUCGUGGCUCGCUGCAUCAUUUGUCAGUUUUGUUGUUUGCAUAACGCAUGAAAUUCCCCUCUGUUG